CUUUAUCGUGACACCGUUUUGUGCGUGUUCGAGAGUUGGCCGGUUCGUUCGUUCGUUCGAUCGGUCGGUUCCGCCGUGAUCGAUCGGUCGGCUUUUGUGCUCUCGAUGAAUCCAGUGAUAUAGCAAUUUACCCUGUGCAUAGUGGUGCAUCGUUCCUGCGACGAUCCCAAACCGCGAAACUUACUGAUGUAGAUCAACAUGGCUGUCAACAUAAAAUUCACAAAAUUCGACAACACACCAUGGGGAUUUCGAUUGGCCGGUGGAAGCGAUUUUCCACAGCCACUGACUGUCAUCAGAGUAUCGGAGGAAAGCCUCGCAGAAUGCAUGGGCUUGAAGGUCGGCGACGUCGUAGUGAGACUAAACGAUCAACCCAUCAGCAGCUUGACCCACGGUCAGGCGCACGAGGAGCUCAUGCGAGCGGGGAAUAAUUUCGUUUUGGGUGUGUUAAGACAAGAAGAUCCCCUCAAGGCUUUGGAGGCGCUGUCCGAGGAGAACAUCGUUCCAUACAAGAUCCCACUCGCAGACUUGCCGCCGCUGUUCCCGGAGGAGAUCUUGAAGGAGGAGACCGUGAUCGAGCGGACGGAGGUGACGAUCACGUACGAGGAACAGCCGCUCGAGGAGGAGGUCAAGCCAGAAGUGGAACCGCUCCCGGACAAGCCCAAAGACACGAACAGCGAGAUCGUGCCCAAUCAGAACCUCACCGACGACGAGAUCGCGCAGCUCAUUCUAGAGGAAGAGGAGCUCCUGAACGAUAAAGGAGUUUUGGGGGUGAACUUCAAGAAGCUCCGUCCCCGCGUGACGUCGUUGAAGCAGUCGAAGGUGAUAGAGGAGCUGCAGAAUCUCGCGACGUCCGAGCCGCCGUUGGUGGAGCAGCUGAAACGCACGUCCGUGUUCCUGCAGAAGCCACAGCGGCCGAUCCCGGCGCCCCGCAAGAAGCCCGAGGAACAGGAAGAGACCGAGGUCGAGUCGUACAGAGUGGUGAUAAAGAAGCAGCAAAGAAGGACCAUCACCGACCGGCUGCUGGAGAGCGGGCUGCUGAAACCGGAAGACGAAAAGACCCCGGAGCCCCCGACUCCCGAGGUAAACAUGGCCAGUAACGAAACGCUGGCGAUAGUCGAGGAGGACGAUCGUUCGUCGGUCGAGGUUCCCUGCUCGCCGGAACAGGAACAGCUCGAGUAUCUCGCCACGCGUCCCGAGGUGUUCGUCACGUAUCUCGAGAUCGACCCGAGUCGAUGCUCGUCCCGCGACGGGGAGGUAGUCACGACGCCCCAGUUGUCGAAACGCAGGGAGAACGCGCCCGUGGCGCGACGACCGCCGUGCAAGCGCAGAUUGAAACGGUUCUACACGAGGGCGCACUACCUACGGGGGUGCCUGUUCGGGAAGAGGGGCCACGUCGAGGCCAAGAAACCGACGAAACCGAGGUCCUCGUUCAGGGAGCGGCUCUGCCAGCCGAACGACGACCGCGAUCGCGCGACACCAGCCGUCGUCCUGGCCGCGGACCAGUCCGAGAAGCAACCGCGUCGCGGGGGCGUCGAGAAAUCCUCGAGGUCCAGGAUGAGGGGUCGUUACCUCGAGACGUAUCUGAAACGGGUGGUCGAGGGGCUGCUCGAGGGGCUGCUCGAGGGCUCGGACGGCGCCUCCUCGAGCAAGCUGUUCGAUCUACUUGGCGAGAAAGAGGUCUCGUGCAGACGGACCCGUUACGCGGAGAGGAUCCUCGCGAGGACCGUCCGGUUCCUGGUCGUUCGUCUGCGUUCCGACGUGUUCGCGUACCUGGAACGCUCGACGAGCGCCGCGGCGCCGUGCUCGCGGACCCGCAGGCGUCUCUACUUUAAGGGUCGUUACUUCCAGCGCGUGAUCCGGAAGAACCUCGAGUGUCUGACGAAUUAUAUCAAGGGCGUUCCGUCGCCGGUCGGCGUACGCGCCGCCAGGAGGAGGAGCUCGACGAUGAUCAAGACGAAGGGUCGUUACUUGGAGAGGUGCUUGAUCCGUAACGGUCUGCUCGAUCGUUUCCCGACGCGUCCGUCCUCAGUGGUCUCCUCCAAGCGGAAGCUGUUCGUUCGCGCUCGUUACGCGGAACGCGUCGCUAAGAUGCAUCUCGAGUCGCUAGGUUCGAUCGUUCGUUACGUUCGUCGCCAGGUUCUCCAGAGUGUUUCCGAUUCCUCGUCGAGGAGCGAUCUGAUUCGUUCCUCGAAAGACUUCAUCAGCGCCGAGGUGUUCCAUCGCGGUAGCAGGCGUCUAUCGAGGUCCUCCAGAGUCACCGUGCCCCGAGAAACCUCGACGAGCCUCGCGAACCUUCUCCGCGGUUUCGUUCGCGAUUUCGAUUGGCUUCCGUUGAUCUUCGCCCGCGGAUCGAAGGACGUAGAGAAGAAGGCGGUCCAGGACGGCGAUCGCGACGGUCGCCGGUUGUCGUUCGUCCCGACGAUCCUCUACGAGGGCCUGACGAAUCGCAUAGGCGUCGAUUUCACGAGACUGGUCGCGUACGCGUUCGUGCCAUGCACCUCGAUCAUCUUAUUGUACAUGUACAAGUAGAUCGUUCGAUGGUCUAUAACCGAGUAUGACGCCAACAUCGGACAGUACUGUUAUAAUGCUUACGAUUAUGUUUAGAUUUAAAACGACGUCACAUGUUCUAGGACAUCCCUAACAGACGCUAGAUCAUCAUGGGCCAUCUGUAAACGUAUAGAAACGAAAAUGAUAAUGAAACAGUGUUCGUCGUAAAGUGUGUGUUCUGUAUCUUCAUGUCCAGUGUAACAUGUAACAUGUUUCUCGUGACUAGAGGCUGUUGGUACUUGUCCCUGGGGCCGUGCACAGAAAAAUAAUUAACUAAUACUCGAUUUAUUUCGAUCGUUGUAACGUUUUACUAAAGUAACAGCAUCUACCUUAACCCCUCAGCGACGGAUGACCGCGACUCUCCGUUUCCGUCACCGGAACCAGCGAGUCGCGUAUUCCGAUAAACUCGUUCACUAAUAUACAUACGUCUUAUUAACUCAGUUUAAUAUGGAUUCAAGAUUCUUAUCUGUACGAUACUUAUAAUAAUCUUGGCGGGAGUCUGUACCGUGGUGGACCGACUCUGAGGGGUUAAUCGGUACUUUAUUCUCUGUUCGAUCGGUACGGUGCCCCAGAAAAUAUAUUUUAAAACUUUUAUUCGGUAAUUAGGACCAAAUUUAAUUUUCCAGCGGGGCAAUCCAUGGUCUUCUGCCAUUAUUCUUACUUCGUUCUCUGUAAAACGUGGUAAUUGGACGAAUCAAAUUCUGAACUAGCGAUUGUAUUCUUUCGAAAAUUCCUGAGAGUAUGAAUUAUAGAGUUACACUUUCUUGGCAAUUCAAAAGAAAUUCAAGAUAUAUUUUCGUAAUCAACAAAAUAGAUUUCCUACUAUUUCGAUGAAUAAUUUAAAGAUUCCAGAGAGCAAAGAGACCAAGAUUUUCUGAGGCACCCUAACGUUCCACGAGGUAAACGAAUCGUUUGUUUCGGGACGGUGUAACGCACGGCCCCGCAAGUACACGUAACCGUAGUACAAUACUUAUUAAAAAAGAAAAAUACAAAAGUCGAAAGUGAUCGUCACUAGCACGUCGAAUUCAUUCGCAUCUAGUCUAACGAGUGUAGAGUAGAACUCUCGAAUCUCGCGUUAUCAUGCACGCGUAGAUCGAUGCAUGUAUCGUAUCUUACAUAUACUCUCAUUGUCAAUGUACGCACAAACAUGGAUUGUCGAGAAAAAAAAAAAGUACGUUCGAAAUAAAAAGCAAAUGUAUCUGGAUGCACCCAUUGCUAGAGUCUCGAUAACCCUUUAAUGCCAAACAAAAAAAGAAAAAAAGAAAAAAAUAAUAGAAGUUGUUGGGACGCAGCUGUCUCGUCCGGAACGACGAUCUAUCCCGAUAUCCUGUCCGUUCUCCGGAAACGAACACGAGUACUAACUCUCCGUAUCGAACGUAAAGUACUCGUAACGAUAACGAU